CGCUGGGAGCCGCAGCCGCCGCCACUCCUGCUCUCUCUGUGCCGCCGCCGUCACCAUCGCCACCGCCAACCACCACCGCCACCGGCUGAGUCUGCAGUCCUCGAGGGAAGGGAGAACCCCUUCUACAGUGCCUGAUUGCAGUCCGCUCCUCCCCUCCCCCUACCACUGCAGUAACCUCUUUCCCAGCCCUCCUAGCCUCUGGCCCCUCCCACUGGCCUCAGGCUCCACCCUUCUAAGCCUCUUAUCUUUCUCCUUCCUCCACUUCCACCCAAGGAGAUCCCAGCCAUCAUGUCUAUAGAGAAGAUCUGGGCCCGAGAGAUCUUGGACUCCCGUGGGAAUCCCACCGUGGAGGUGGAUCUCUAUACUGCCAAAGGUCUUUUCCGGGCUGCAGUCCCCAGUGGGGCCUCCACUGGCAUCUAUGAGGCCCUGGAGCUGAGGGAUGGGGACAAACAGCGUUACUUAGGCAAAGGUGUCCUGAAGGCAGUGGACCACAUCAACAGCAGGAUUGCACCGGCCCUCAUCAGCUCAGGUCUCUCCGUGGUGGAGCAGGAGAAACUGGACAACCUGAUGAUGGAGCUGGACGGGACUGAGAACAAAUCCAAAUUUGGGGCCAAUGCCAUCCUGGGUGUGUCCUUGGCCGUGUGUAAGGCUGGGGCAGCUGAGAAGGACUUGCCCCUCUAUCGCCACAUUGCUCAGCUGGCUGGGAACUCCGACCUCAUCCUGCCUGUGCCGGCCUUUAAUGUGAUCAACGGUGGUUCUCAUGCUGGGAACAAGUUGGCCAUGCAGGAGUUCAUGAUCCUCCCAGUGGGUGCUGAGAGCUUUCGAGAUGCCAUGCGACUUGGGGCAGAGGUGUACCACACACUCAAGGGGGUCAUCAAGGACAAGUAUGGCAAGGAUGCUACUAAUGUGGGGGAUGAAGGUGGCUUUGCCCCCAAUAUCCUGGAGAACAGUGAAGCCUUGGAGCUGGUGAAGGAAGCCAUCGACAAGGCCGGCUACACGGAAAAGAUGGUGAUCGGCAUGGAUGUGGCUGCCUCGGAGUUCUACCGUGACGGCAAAUACGACCUGGAUUUCAAGUCUCCCGCUGAUCCUUCCCGUUACAUCACUGGGGACCAGCUGGGGGCACUCUACCAGGACUUUGUCCGGAACUAUCCUGUGGUCUCCAUUGAAGACCCAUUUGAUCAGGAUGACUGGGCAGCUUGGUCCAAGUUCACAGCCAACGUCGGCAUCCAGAUAGUGGGCGAUGACCUAACGGUGACCAACCCCAAGCGCAUCGAGCGAGCGGUGGAGGAGAAGGCCUGCAACUGUUUGCUGCUCAAGGUCAAUCAGAUCGGCUCAGUCACAGAAGCCAUCCAAGCGUGCAAACUGGCCCAGGAGAAUGGCUGGGGGGUCAUGGUGAGCCAUCGCUCUGGAGAAACGGAGGACACGUUCAUUGCUGACCUCGUAGUGGGACUGUGUACAGGCCAGAUCAAGACUGGUGCCCCAUGCAGAUCUGAACGUCUGGCGAAGUACAACCAGCUCAUGAGGAUUGAAGAAGAACUGGGGGACGAAGCUCGCUUCGCGGGACAUAAUUUCCGAAAUCCCAGUGUGCUGUGAACCCCCUGCUUGCCUGCUCACUGGAACAUCUCAUUCUCCUGGAGCCUCUUUCUUGCUGUCCCAAUAUGCCAUAAUUCACCCUGAUACCCUGAGCCCCCAGGUCACCCAGAACACCUCAACUCACCUGCUCCGGCUGCUCUUGGCUUCCACAACCCCUUGCUAUCUCUGCUCUUCCUCCUCCUGGGCUCCAUUUUUGAGGGAUUCCAGUCUGCCCGCCUUCCCUUCUAUUCUCUCUUCUCUUUAAAAAAAAAAAAAAUGGCGAUGAGAAGAGGGUCCACAGAAGAACCGUCAGUGUCUGACAGGAGCUUCGGGAUUGGUGUGUUGGGGUGUUUACAGUGGGGCCAUGGGGCAGGUGUGUGUCACUGUUUUCUAUGUUGUGUAGAAGCCUUGAACUAUGCAUAGAACUGGUGUUUGGGGAGUGUUGUAUGUGUGGUCAUGCUUGGUUAAGACAAAGAGAGAGAGAGAGAGAGAGAGAGAGAGAGAGAGAGAGAGAGAGAGAGAACAAGUAUUUAUUUAUUUAUUUAUUUAUUUAUUUAUUUAUUUAUUUAUCAAUCACUCAGCUGGUCAGUCAGUCAUCUCCCAUAGCUCUCCAGUCUGAAAGUGACCCAACUUGACAGGACGAGGCAUCAAUAUUAUCAUGUGACUGCAUUCCAAGAUGACCUAGGAUGGGAGGUUUUGCUAGCACGGGAAGGGGAACAGAAAAGGACCUUAGCAAUUGUUUCAUUUGGUGCACUAACCGAAGCUCGCUACUUUACAGAAUGGGGCUGUGUACCUGGGGGGCUUUUCUCCUCUAACUCUCUCCCCAGCCCUGGGUUCCUCAGUCUUUCUCCAGCUGCACCAGAGCACUGCCCCACUCCCCGUGCCAUGUUCCACAGCUGCCACUGUCUUUGUGGCUUUGAAAUGACCACCACCAUUAAAGUCUGAAUCACAGAGCACCG